GCAUAAAUUCUUCGAGCAAAACCAAAUUGAAAAUAAUUGCCUCGCUUUCCGUUGCCGUCUCUUCACAGAAUCUCUGCCUACAGUUAGCAGAUAGGUAAAUUCCCCAUCGAAACCCGAUCUGCCGGUGUGAAUUGUUCACACCACGAACAUGACGACGGGCGCCUCCGAAGCAAGCUCGUUACUACCAACAAACGUUGCCACGGCGUUUUCGACCGAAACUAUGGAACCACCACCCCAGUCACCCUCCAGGUUUUCUUUCGCCAAGAUCGCUGGGUUCUGUCUACUUGCUGCUGGAGCUGUUGGCGUCGGAUACUCGGCGUGGCUUUUAGAUGUGAAAGAAAACACUGAAAGCUCGCUUGCAGGAACUCCGAUCGAAAGCAGUGAAGCACACACAAUCGUCGAGUUGGAAGGAAAAUCGCAUGGAAAGUCAAAAGAGAAGAAUCAGCUUAGUACCUGUGAAGAUGGAAUGUAUUCGAAGCGCACUUUGAAAAUGGCGUAUGAACUGCCAUUCCAUUCGUUGUUUAAAGAUACGAAAGGACAGAAGAAAUUUGAAGCGUCCUCGGUGACCGUCAAAGACGGGUUUGCGUAUGCAAUCUGUGAUUCUUCUUGGUCCAUUUCAAAAUUUGGAGACGAGUUGCAACCCUUCGGAGAGAAAAAUGUUCAAAUCGGAGAUCCUAGUCGAGAAGAAGAAGACUCCGGCUACGAAGCUCUGUUUAUUGACAACGAUAUUUUCUAUGUUGUUCGGGAGUCCAUCCAAUCUACUGACAAGACCUACCAUGCUAUUAUUGAGGAAUUGUCUUUAGGAGAAGAAGCUUACGAGGUUGUUGAGCAAUGCCCUGCUGAGUUUGAAUUUGAAGGUGACUCGAAAGGCUUCGAGGGUGCUAUUGCAGUGCAUGACUUGAAUGGAACUUUGACAGUCCUCGGUCUCUGCGAAGGCAACUAUUGCUCCGAGUCAAAAAAAGACGACAAGGGACAUGGGAUGGUGGUGGCGAUGCAGAAAGGUGUAUCGGACGACGGCUCUUGCGAGUGGAAGACGGUUACGACCAUCUCUAUUCCCAAGACAGCGUUUUUCGCAGACUAUUCAGCUAUGACAAUGGACAAGAAGGGCAAGGUCGCUAUUUCGUCUCAAGAGGAGAGCCAGCUUUGGGUUGGAAAAUUGCUUGGCCAAAACGAUGCUGGACUAUGGGACAUUUUAAAUAUCGCGUUCGAUCCCGACCAUAAAGACAAGCUUUUCGACUUUCCUAAAAAUGAUCAGUGCGCAACCGUUUAUUGCAACAUCGAAGGAGUUCACUGGAUCGGCGAUGAUAUGAUCUUGGCUGUAUCAGAUAAAAUGAAGAGCAAAGGAAAACAGGAUUUUCGUUGCUUUGACAAAGACCAAUCUGUCCAUGUGUUUGUCCUUCCUUAGAAAGCUGAAACCGGAUUUCAUUUACAUUAGAUCAGGUGAUGGUAUGCUAGGCAAUAGAGAAAUUACUUUUCAGACACGUUUUGUUUUAUGUU